GCGUGUUGUGUGGAGGGCUGGUUCCGCCGGCGUCGGGGCGUCCGAGGCGCCUCUCUCUCCGGCCCAGAGGAGCCAUGUCCGGCCAGGAGGAGGAGGAGGAGCGCGCCAAGGAGAUCCUCAGGGGAUUCAAGCUAAAUUGGAUGAACCUCCGGGAUGCCGAAACUGGAAAAAUUCUCUGGCAAGGAACAGAAGACCUCUCCGUCCCAGGAGUCGAACAUGAAGCUCGUGUCCCGAAGAAAAUUUUAAAAUGCAAGGCUGUGUCUCGGGAGCUAAACUUUUCAUCAACGGAGCAGAUGGAGAAAUUCCGACUGGAACAGAAAGUGUAUUUCAAAGGACAGUGUCUAGAAGAAUGGUUCUUUGAGUUUGGCUUUGUGAUUCCUAACUCCACAAACACUUGGCAGUCCUUGAUAGAAGCGGCUCCUGAGUCACAGAUGAUGCCUGCUAAUGUUCUAACCGGGAACGUAAUCAUAGAAACCAAGUUUUUCGAUGACGACCUCCUCGUAAGCACUUCCAGAGUAAGACUGUUCUACGUUUGAGAGAAGACCAGGGUGGGUUUGGGCCUGGCUUAGUUCCCCCGCUCCCUCCCUCCACACACAGAGACCCCUGGUUCCUGGUGCCGAAUCCCCUCCCCACCCAAACCGUGUCAAGUGGAAGACUCUCUCUCUCUUCCUUUAGCCGGCGACAGCUGAAUACAAGUUGUGAACUUUGCCCAUCGCUCUGUCUCUCUUCCUCCUGGCUGGGUGAGAUUGAGCCAAAAUAAGAGGGUCCACCAUCCCCUCGAGUCUGGGGAAGGGCAAGGGAGGGAAGAGGACUCUGCUAGAGACCCCAACAGGGCCAGCCAAUGGGCAUGAAGGAUCAAGAUUUGUAAAUUAUGUUUAGUUUUUUUUUAAAAAAAAGGAAACAAAAUGCUUUGUAUGUCUCUGUCCCUUAGUACCCCAUUCUUGGCGGGCGGUACAUAUCAUUGUUUUUAAGUUAACACGUUUUCUUCUCUCCGUUUUCGUUUUUCUUUCUUUUAAGUCCAUAUGUAACAAGUUCAGAUGUCAUCCCUCAAACCCCUUGCUCCUUAAACUUGUAAAAUAGACUGUGAUAUUAUUACAUAAUGUAAUUAAAGUAAAUUUCUGAAUUAAAAGAAACAAACAUUCCUACCGUUCAA